UCUGUAACAAGUUUGCUACCAGCGAUCGAUAACCAAGGAAUAGCAGCUUCUCAAUCUCAUUUCUACAUAGAAAAUGAAAUCCUAUUACGUCCUCGGCUGUCUGGCCCUUUUGGUGGCCGUCAGCAAUGCUGCCAACAUCAGAACCUCAGUGGCUGCUGUGAACAAUCAGCUAUAUCGUCGCUUUGUCUGCGUGAAUAAAUCUGAUGGUUUCCGCGCUUUGGUGCCCGGAAGCUGCUCCAAGUAUUACGAGUGCCAAAGUGGUCUUGCUCUCGAGACUGUCUGUUCGUACUUCUUCGAUGCCAAGAUCAAGGAAUGUGUCAACUACAACACUGGCUGCGUUGAAGUUAAGCAAACAGUCGCGCCGUUCGCCGUCAUUGGUAGCAACACUGCUGCUGAACCUUGCGCUGAAACAGUGACCACCACUUGUGCAUCCGAAGUAACAACAACUCCUUGCGCUCCCGAAGUAACAACAACUCCUUGCGCUCCUGAAGCAACAACCACUCCGUGCGCUCCCGAAGCAACAACCACUCCGUGCGCUCCCGAAGUAACAACAACCUCUUGCGCUCCCGAAGUAACAACGAAAACCACCUCCUGCGCUCCUGAAGUAACAACAACCUCUUGCGCUCCUGAAGUCACAACGAAAACCACCUCCUGCGCUCCUGAAGUAACAACUACCUCUUGCGCUCCUGAAGUCACAACGAAAACCACCUCCUGCGCUCCUGAAGUAACAACAACCUCUUGCGCUCCUGAAGUCACAACGAAAACCACCUCCUGCGCUCCUGAAGUAACAACAACCUCUUGCGCUCCUGAAGUCACAACGAAAACCACCUCCUGCGCUCCUGAAGUAACAACAACCUCUUGCGCUCCUGAAGUCACAACGAAAACCACCUCCUGCGCUCCUGAAGUAACAACAACCUCUUGCGCUCCUGAAGUAACAACGAAAACCACAACAACCAAGACAACAACAACCACAUCCUGCGCUCCUGAAGUAACAACAACCUCUUGCGCUCCUGUAGUCACAACCAAAACCGUAACCACCAUUGCAACAACCACCUGUGCUCCCGAAGUCACAACCAAAACCACAACAACCAAGACAACAACAACCACAUCGUGCGCUCCUGAAGUAACAACAACCUCUUGCGCUCCUGAAGUCACAACCAAAACCGUAACCACCAUCGCAACAACCACCUGUGCUCCUGAAGUCACAACGAAAACCACAACAACCAAGACAACAACAACCACAUCAUGCGCUCCUGAAGUAACAACAACCUCUUGUGCUCCCGAAGUCACAACCAAAACCGUAACCACCAUUGCAACAACCACCUGUGCUCCCGAAGUCACAACCAAAACCACAACAACCAAGACAACAACAACUACAUCCUGCGCUCCUGAAGUAACAACAACCUCUUGUGCUCCUGAAGUCACAACCAAAACUGUAACAACCAUUGCAACAACCACCUGUGCUCCCGAAGUCACUACGAAAACAACCACACCAUGUGUUGAGGUAACAACCACACCAUGCGUUGAGGUAACAACCACACCUUGUGUUGUGGUAACAACCACACCAUGCGUUGAGGUAACAACCACACCAUGUGUUGAGGUAACAACCACACCAUGUGUUGAUCCAACAACCACUCCAUGUGUUGAUCCAACAACCACUCCAUGUGUGGAUCCAACAACCACUCCAUGUGUUGAGGUAACAACCACACCAUGCGUUGAUCCAACAACCACUCCAUGUGUUGAUCCAACAACCACUCCUUGUGUUGAGGUAACAACCACACCAUGUGCUCCAGUCGUUACUACAAAAUGUCCCACAGCCGCUUCGUCUAACAAGUUGGUGCACUCGUCCCAAAAAGUGCGUCCGGUAGCCAUGCCAAAUGGUCCUUUGCCAGAAGUUUUCCAUCAGCCCAUGCACAUGUCAUCGACAUCCAGUGAGCUGAAUAUGGACAUCUAUACGAGCUACGUGUGCCGCAAUAAGCCCGACGGAUUCAUGCUGGCUUCCUUGACGAGCUGCAACAACUAUUACAUCUGUCGCUACGGCAAGCCACUGCAGGUUAGCUGUGGUUCCAAGUACUUCAAUGCCCUGAAGGGCAUCUGUGAUCUGCCCGAGAAUACCCGCUGUGUGCAGCCCACGGCUUAGAUAGCAGUCGAAACAGGUACCAAGCUUCAGUUGAAACCGCUUCAUGCAGAAGGAAAAUGCAAAUGACAAAAUCCACCAGAUUACAUGCUAAUUGAUUAAGUAUACGACUCUCAAUCAGAGUUCAAUUUAUUGAUGUAAAAUAAAGAAAUGCAAAUGCCAAUAC